GGCGUUAGUGAAGGGCGCCCUCGGUCGCCCCCACCGCCCCCCACCCCAGAUGUACUAUGCGAUUUCUCAGGCGCGCGUGAACGCCGCUCCCGCGACCAUGCUGCGGCCACAGCGGCCGGGAGACGUGCAGCUUGGGACUUCGCUCUACGAGCUGGUGGGUUACAGACAGCCACCCAUUUCGUCGUCCACCUCCUCUACACCCUCUUCCUCUUCCACUGCGGCCCUCCUCCCCAAGGCUGCGCGCGAGAAGCCAGAAGCACCGCUCUCCGAGCCGCUGUUCGGAAGGGCGCCGGAGUCCCGGGGUGCCCGGGCCGACGCCAAAGAGGAACAGCAGCAGCAGCAGCUGCGGCGCAAGAUCAACAGCCGCGAGCGGAAGCGCAUGCAGGAUCUGAACUUGGCCAUGGAUGCACUGCGCGAAGUCAUCCUGCCCUACUCGGCGGCUCACUGCCAGGGAGCACCCGGCCGCAAGCUCUCCAAGAUCGCUACGCUGCUGCUUGCCCGCAACUACAUCCUGCUGCUGGGAAGCUCCCUGCAGGAGCUGCGCCGCGCGCUCGGCGAGGGUGCGGGGCCCGCAGCCCCGCGCCUACUUCUGGCCGGCCUGCCCUUGCUGGCCGCUGCGCCCGGCUCUGUGCUGCUAGCACCCGGCGCUGUAGGGCCCCCCGAAACACUGCGCCCCACCAAGUACCUGUCACUAGCGCUCGACGAGCAACCGUGCGGCCAGUUCGCUCUACCCGCUGGUGGCGCAGGUGGCCCGGGCCUCUGCUCGUGUGCGGUGUGCAAAUUCCCGCAUCUGGUCCCCACUGGCCUGGGCCUGGCAGCGGUGCAAGCUCAGUUCUCCAAGUGAGGGCUGGCUGGGUCCGGGGCGGGGCGCGACCUCAGCCAAUCUUCCCGCGCUCCCGCGUCCUGGAUCUAAGGAGAGUUGGCCCCAAUAAGAAGGACAUUUCCAGACUUCUCGCCUAGACGACAGACUGUAGGGCGCCUUCCUCCCUGGCCCCAUUCCCCGGAAAUUAAAGUGACCCAGUGAGUGUUGGUGUUCCAAGGAGCGACGCAGUUGCUUGGGGUUCUAGAAGUAUUCCACCUCUUUAGAGACAGAAGCCAUCACAUCCUUACCUUAAAUUCACUCAGUGACAGGGGUAAUCCGCGUAUCUCCCUGUAGCUCUGGUCUCGCGUGGCAGGGAGGAUGGUAGUCAGCGGUGCGGCACAGUCGGGUUGCCCUUGGUGCAGAGAAAGGAUGCCCACGACCUCGGUGUCCUGGGACCCGCCAGUUCCCAGGCCUAGGGACUGCUCCCCAACAGCGUUGAUCCAGAGGGGCUUUCUUUCCUUGUCCCAGACCUGAGCGCACAGGCUCACUUGCUCCCACCAACCAAACCCAUGCGGACCUAGGAGGGCUAGAGAGCCCAGGCCAAGGGUGCAAAUAGCAAGGGUGUUGAGAAUGAACUGCCCUGGACGGCCCUGAGUUUCCUAGGGUGUAGUGUAGGUGCCCGCGGGCGGCGGGAGCGCCAUGGUCGCUGGGUGUGCGGAGUGGGGAAGUUCGCCUGGCCUCACAGUUCAGUUUUUCAGGCUCGAGCAUGAGCUGUUUUGCUGCAGAGUAUCCACUCCUUAAAUCCUGGAAAUCUACUUAGUUUCUUUUUUCCCCCAAAGGUAGUUUAACCAACAUUCGAGCUUGCUUGAAAACAAAACACCAAUCACCUUCCACGCAUCUGUGUCCCGGACUUACUAAAAUAGGUAACAAAGCUUUUCGUAGAGCAGGCUUGUGAAACUCGGUAAUUAACGUUCUCAUUACAGUAUGUGGAGGUGGGCGAGGAUUCCAAACCGCCAGCGUCUGGCUGGACAAACCCAGCUGCGCCGCAGGCGGGAAGGCGCUAGCCCUUUAGCGGCAGCGUGCUGGUCUUUAACCGCGACUUUGCAGCUGAAGAACUCCGUGGACGCGUGCACGAGUGGCGGCCGCGUCUUGGUUUGUGUUUAGUGUUAGGAAAGUGCCCAAGAUUAUCUCAUAAUCUUCACCAGCUUGCUUUGAUUUUUAUGUUGGAAGUUUUGGGUUGUUGACAGUAGCCGAAUUUAACUGGCAUUUUAUUGGACCUCUAACUUCGUCGCCUCCCCCCACCCCCAACAAACUGUACCGAAAACACAAAAUAAAACAUCAACCGUCAAAUUUUUACAUUUCUCAUCUGUUUG